UACACGCAUGUGGUCGGUUUAUAAGUGGGCGGGAAGUAUAGGAAUGGUGGCAGGUGCUGUUUGUUGUGUUUUGUGUGUUUUGCUUUAUAAUUAAGGAUGGUCUCAUGAUAAUAGUUACGGUAUAAUUAUUAAAAAUGAUGUCACACCUUGACUAUUGUGCAUAGCUAAAAAAAAUACCUGGUUUCUUUAAAAUAAGAGACAGCAUGUUUCCCUUUUCUUUUUGUAUUCAUUUCUCCCUCCUUCUCUCUUUUUUUCCCUUCUCCUCUCUCUCUCUAUCACUCUCAUUCUUUAGUUAUGUUGUGCAUCAGAUCCUAAUGGAUACUAUUUGCUUGGAGGGAGUGGAGGGCAUGGACAAGGAGAAGGGGCUGAACUAACACUAUGGGACAGGAGAGUACUGAGUAAGGGCCCACUUAAAGAAAUGGUUGGUCACAAGGGAAGUGUAAACGGCUGCCUCUUCCUUGAUAACGACUCGUCCAACGACAAACUAGUUGCUUCCUGUUCCAGCGACAGCACUGUCAAGAUAUGGAGUACAACAACUGGAGGUUCUGUUUUGAGCGAGUACAUUGGUGGAGGGGCAGGGCCGAUAUCAGGAAUAGUCAGUCCCAGUCCUGAAACACUGGCAGCUAGUACAUUCAAUGAAGGUGUGUAUGUUUGGAAGCUGGUUUCUGAUUCGUCAAUGGAGCUAAAACUAAGAGCUAAAUAUUAACAAGAGUACAUGGCUACCCGAUCACUUAAAUCAGAAUCGAUAUUGUCAUUGUAAUUUAUUUUUUGAUAAUAAUAUGGGAAUGUUUUAAAAGAGCCAUUCAAUUAUAA